AGAAAAACCCGACAAAAGCCCUAGACACUAGACGGAGGUUUUAGUUCAGGCGGGCUCAGCUCAUAUCAAUCGAGGGCGACGAUGGAGAAGUCGCUGCUGAAGCUGGACAAGGGCACGACCUGCACCUCGUGGAACUACUCCGGCGACCGGCUGGCCUCCGGCUCCGUCGACGGGACGCUCGCCGUCUUCGACUCGCGCCACCCGGCUUCCUCCUCCUUCGCCUGCACUUCCAGAACCAAGGUGCAUGAGGGGAGUAUUGUGAAGAUAGUCUGGGUUCCUCCAGAAUAUGGCGACGCGGUGGCUUGCGUAUGCGAGGAUGGAACUUUCUCGUUAUGGGAAGAGCUUGUUGAAGAUUCUGUACCCCUCCAGUGGAAACUUUGUGAGCGCUUUAAAAGCGGUUCAGCUAAGGUGUUGGAUGUCCAAUUCGGUGUUUCUCCUUCAAGUUUGAAAAUGGUUGUUGCUUCCUCGAAUGGGUAUGUGAAAGUCUAUGAACUGAUGAAUCCCAUGGAGCUGAAGAAUUGGCAACUUCAGGCCGAAUUCCAGAAUGUUAUCGAUCUGGUUUCCCCAUCUUCGAAGGCCUUGUGCUCAUCAGCAUCAAUUUCUUGGAAUCCACUAAGAGGUGAAGGCCAGGGAUCAAGCUUUAUCUUGGGUUUUAGUUCAGAUAGUCCGCAACUUACUUCCUCCAAGGUGUGGGAAUAUGAUCAGGCCCAUCAAAGGUGGCUCCCAGUAGCAGAGUUGGCUUUGCCUGACGACAAGGGUGAUUGGGUUUAUGGUGUUGCAUGGGCACCUAACAUUGGAAGGCCUUAUGAGGUGAUAGCUGUGGCAACUGAGAAAGGAAUUUCAAUCUGGCAUCUUAGCCUGAAUGUUGAGGUGGAUGGAAGGCUCUCGGUGGAAAAGGUUGCAUCUCUUUCUGGUCAUGAAGGCGAGGUGUGGCAAAUGGAAUGGGACAUGAGCGGAAUGACCUUGGCAACAACCGCGAGUGAUGGCUCAGUGAAACUGUGGCAAUCUAACUUGAAGGGUUCAUGGCAGGAACAAGCUACAUUUGUGACUACUUAACUGCACUGAUCCUUUUGAGGUCUGUUUUGUUUGUCACAGUAAUUGGAAAUCAUAUCUUGUAAUGAAGAAAUUUUUGCAGAAAGCAAAGUUAGUUUGGCUAGCUCAUUAACGAAAUUUUUGGUGGCUGAUCUCAAUUUCUUUCGACUC